AAGACGCAGUGAAUGGCGUCAAAUGUCUUGAGGAAUGUAGGGUUGGAAAGGUGUCUCACCAGCAGACUUGUACAGUUAGACUUCUAUUUGUUUCUUCAUUAUCUCUGUAUUAUCUAACGGUAGCAUUGGUGUUGACAUAGUCAAGUGUAAAUCGUCAUCUUUCUGUUGGUGUUGUAGGCAUGUUCUAGGAAUGCAGUCUCAAUUGCUCAGGUUUCCAAAAAUGUCUUCCCACAUAAAGAAAAUCAAAUAGGCCUAUCGUGGGGUUACAAUUCUGGAGUUUUUGGGAGACAAACUGUUGACAAUGCUUUGCAAUCUGAUCCAAUAGGGGGAAACUGUUGACAAUUACUCUGCAAUGAGUUGUAGUGUUUCUCUCACACUCAGUGUGCACCACAUAAACCCAGGAGUGACUCAAGGGUGACAUAUGACUUAAGUUGUGUCAGACGUUAAGAAAACAAAAAAAAAGUCUCUAUUCACAGCAAACUUGUGACCAGAUCAAAUAAAUACACAUCGUUUCCUUCUGGUCGCUAGAUCAAAAGUCAAGUAGUACAAACUUUUCUGCCAAAGUGUUCAACACAGGUAUGUCCACUUCGUUGCUCACUCUCACAGGUCAACGACAGUUCUACAUAUUGCGGAUGUUCCUUUAGAGUUGAAGAUAAUCUCCUAGUCCAAACAUCCCACAGGACGAGUGUAUGGCAGCGGGCAGGAUAUGAACCCGGGACCAUCGAGAUUAACGAACCACACUCCAGCGCGCAUACUACACGGCCAGGGUCAAAAUCAUAAUGAAAAGUGUACGAGCAGUAGUCUCCCUUUGCAUGACGUCUUUCAUCCUUAUAGCAAUAUCUAUUGUUCCACCAAACGACGGGAGUAUUCUUAGUAACCUGGAGGUCAGGGCCAGGCUAAAAAAAUGUCUGUCCGAACCGGAAGUUUACACAAACAUCCCCACUGGAUCCACCUUCCCAUCCGUCGACGUAACAUCAUCCGACACGAACUGUCGCAGCGUCAUUAACAGGUAUCUCGCUGGCGAAGGCAGGGCGCUCUAUCUUGGAUUAGAAGAGCAGGACACAUACGCGCCCUCACCGCCAGCAAUUAAGAAAGCCCCACUCAUCGACCAAGCCCUAAUCAAAUUAAGUGAGGGGGAGGAUGAACAGUCGCACCCGUCGAGGCAACACGGCUCGGAUUAUUGGCAAGCGAUGGCGGUCAACUAUCUGGACGCCAUUGGUAAGCGUCACUUGUCGGAACUUGCUACACACACGAACUCACUUCGCCCUAGCGUGAAAACUAACCCCCUGAGUCAGACGAACUUUAAACUUGACAAGGAAUUCUGGGAUACAUACGUCCUUGGUGACCACCCGCCUAGCUUGUCUGAGUGGGACAAGGCGGAGUCUAUACCAAGUAAGAGAGAACAGUUCUCCAUUGAUGCCCUCAGGAAAACACUCGCGGACAUGGUGUGGGAACAAAAAGCCAGAAAAGUUGCUGGAAACAGAGAAAUUUUAUUUAACUCUAUGUUAAGAGACGGGAGAUAAUCAGUUAAUUGUAUACCCACGUUUCUCAACAAUGUUGUCAUUUUUGUUCCCCCUUCGAGGACAAUCUUUCAUUUCAAGUUCCACAAGUUCCGUAUCGGUCAUCAAAACACAGACACGAAACAUAAAUAUGUCUGCAAGUCUAUUAAAAGUAAACAUUUCCCCUGGGCCUCUUGAUUGUCUUAAAUUGCAAACAUUGCUUCCAAGUGAUUUAGAAUUAUAAACUACCAAGUGCAGAGAUAAGCCAAAAUAAAAUCUUU